ACAGCGACAUCGAAAGUUCUCAGGUAUAUGCCUGAUCAAGUUACUAAUAGUAUCAAUAUCACAAUAAUCUAACAUCAACUUCCAAAUUCAAUAAAGCUCGGAACUUUUCUUACGUCAGAAGUGUUUUCAAUUCACAGCUAUGGCGAUAUCUCUUUGCUUCACUCCACUCACUUCCAACCCAAAACACCAUCCAAGAAUCCCCCUUUAUAAACCCAUCAACCCCAUUACUCUAACAAGUCCAAAGAUUCUAAGCCCAAAUCUUAAGACAAUAAUUAAAUGUGUUCCUGAAAAUUCUCAGAAUCUUGCUGUGAUUUCAGCAAAACCCAGAUGGGAAAAUUGGUUGUUAACUGCAGCCAACCUUUUCCCUGUCUAUGUAACGGUUGGUGGGAUUGUUGCCUGCUUAAAGCCAUCAACUUUUUCAUGGUUUGUGAAUUCUGGCCCUACUUCAUAUAGUUUGGCUCUUUGGUUUAUUAUGCUUGCAAUGGGUCUUACAUUGGAGGUCAAAGAGUUAAUCAACUUGUUGUUGCAAAGGCCUCUUUCUAUUCUAUUUGGUUGUGCUGCUCAAUAUACAAUUAUGCCAGCCUUGGGAAUGAUUCUCAGCAAAAUUUUGGGUCUCUCUCCUUCAAUUUCAGUUGGUCUAAUAUUGCUUGCUUGUAGCCCUGGAGGUACAGCGUCCAACGUGGUAACCUUAAUUGCACAAGGAGAUGUUCCUUUAUCAAUUGUGAUGACAGCAUGCACCACAAUUGGUGCAGUGCUUCUCACUCCCUCCUUGACGAAGAUUCUAGCAGGAACUUAUGUUCCUGUGGAUGCUCUUAAGCUUUCCAUCAGCACGCUUCAGGUUGUGGUUGCUCCACUUCUUGUAGGUUCUUAUAUGCAGCACAAAUUUCCGAAGGCGGUGAAACUUUUUACACCUUUUGCUCCCCUUCUAGCAGUCUUAGCUACUUCUCUUGUUGCUUCCAGUAUAUUCUCCGAAAAUGUUGGGCGUCUGAGAUCUUCUGUGGUUGGCAUAUCAUUCUCUUCCAAUUUGCCUCUGCUCAAUCGUGCUCAGAAUGUGCUAACUAGUGAAUUUGGGCUUGUUGUGGUCUCUGUAGCAUUGCUUCAUUUUGCUGGUUUCUUUGUUGGGUAUCUGUCUGCUGCUUUGGCUGGUUUUGGUGAACCUCAAAGACGGGCUGUAUCCAUUGAGGUGGGCAUGCAAAAUUCCGCCUUGGCUGUGGUUUUAGCAACCUCCCAUUUUUCUUCACCGGCAGUUGCACUACCUGCUGCAACUUCAGCUAUUGUAAUGAAUUUAAUGGGUAGUUGUUUAGGUUUCUUUUGGAGAUGUAUCAGCCCUACUCAACCAAGGAGUAGUCUUGAAGUAGCUGAUAAAUCAUGAAUAUUCAUGUUGAACCAUAGUUAUCUGUUUCUCCUAUUAGUAUAACUAUCAAAAAGAAUUGUUUUCGCCAUUCUCUGAGUUCA